AUGGGAACAAAGGCGAUCAAGAAGGUCGUUGAUGCCAAGAAGUCACUAUCAGAGCGAUUAUCACAUGCUUUCCCAGCGGCAGGAGGAAAGCGUCCUGCUCGCUCCGCAAGGAUUUAUCGAGCUGAUGUAGUGAUUGACAUGGAUCAGGAUCAACAUGGCAUGGCAUGGCAUGGAGCACUAACCCUUCGUUCAGAUGAUGUGAUCAAAUACAUUGCUCCUACUUUGGAGCCCUACAAAGGAUGUACCAUUGUCGACAUCAAUCCAGGAUCUUGCCUCUGGUCUGACAAGCUCCAUCAAUUCCUCAAACCCAAACGACAUAUUCUUAUGGAACCAGAUGAAGAGUAUAUUGAGCCAUUCGUGAGGCCUCUGCUUAACAAGCGUGGCUCAACAUAUGUGCACACCAACUUAAGUGGCGUCAACUCGCGAGAUUACAUCCAAAAUUGGAACGACAUAUUCACGAGUGGGAGCUUCAUCGGAAGAAAUCGACUGGCUCAAAAUGAUCCCAAUCUUCGCCGCGUCGACACAUCGCUCUUGAUUACUGGCUCUCUCGUACGACGAAACGAUCUUUUUUGGGGCGCGAAGGGCUCCCAACUCUCGCUAUCAAAUGUAACCUGGCUGUCGUUGCAAAAUAGAAUUUUCCAUCAAGCCGGCUUGGUUAGGAUGUUGUGGUGGGUGGCAGAGCUGGACAAAAUUGCUUUUCUUCCGCACUUGUCAAACUACAAGCAUUUUGCGAGCGCUUCGCUAGGACUCUCUUGUACCACCGAUGAAGUUGUCGCCAUCAAGUCUUCGAGAUCAUACAAAGCCGACUCUAGCGCCCUCGGAAUGCGGUCUCGCUACAGCGGCAUCGCUGCUGAAAGCUCCGCGAGAGUCCAAGAAAGAAUGGCAGACCGAGGCAUCAAUGUGCCUGAAGGAAGAGAACUGCAUCAACUUGAGCAAAUCAAAAAACACGCAACCAAUCAAUGGAGAUCGCCUCUGGCGGUUGAAUAUCAGACCCUGCCAGAGUUCGAAGCUGAAUUCUGUAAGCUGCACGAAGCUGUCGAGAAGUACAUCGCGAUCAAAUGUGGCCGAAGGAUCACCGUGUCACACAGACCUGCCCUGCAGAGUUUGGUCGACAGCAUUAAGUAUCCACAAGUUUAUGGCGCUAUCAGUGAAUGCCCUUCAAGUGCUACAACGCGCAGGACCCCCGGCGUGGCAGGCCGUCCCGGACCCAAAGUUUUCGAAGGAGUUCCCGCUGCAGAGCUGAGAAAGGUCUUGUGGGCAGACUUCACUCUGCAAAUGAUUAAUCUGGAGGUACAUUACAAAGUCCUGGAGGAGAAUGGAGUCGAUGUAUCUGCUCUCAAGCCAAGACUGGCCUCGCUUUUACAGCAAAUCGACGAAACUAUUGGCUGGAUCUCAAACGUGCAAGUCACUGGCGACGCAAGCAGGUUAUGGGAAGAUAUCAUCGACUUCGCAGCUCCAAAUCCAAUCUUGAUCGCUGAUCGACGACAGUACGAGCCAUUGCAAGCCAAACCAGAAGACUUCCAUCCCGCCGCGAACCUGUGUCUGCUCGACAUAACCCCGAAGGAGCUCGACAUGGCCGUUCCUGGUGUCGCCGAUCGAGCCGAAGUGGUCACGAUCUGCAGCUACUUGCUCAAGUUCAUGUUCUCGUUCAAAAAUCGGAGCCUCACAUCUGUCUUGGAGAGAAUCGCACCCAAUGCGGCGAAGGACUUGAUCCCUAUGGUGCCGGCGAUUACGGACCCAAGAAGAGGCGGCAGACUGGAUCCUGCCAAUCUCAAAGUGCGACAGUUGACCGAUGAGAUGAUGGAAGGUCUGGCUAAAGCCUGGGUGGAGUGGCCGUUUAAGCCGGAGACGCAUGAAAUGGCGAUAGAAAUGUUCGAUGAGGCUCAGGGCAUACUACGGCGCACGUCAGACGAGGCUCUGACGCCAGAAGCUCAGAAGCUUUUCAUACUUCUGCUGCUAUUUUCACUCAUGCUUCGGUAUCUACCACCUGCGCGAUACGAUUUCACUCAUACAGCAGCGACUUUUUACGUCCUUGUCCACUUCAAAACUAUAACCUCAGAGCCACCGAUCAAGACUCUUCGAGCAUCACCGCCUUUCCUCGAUUCGCGUCUUCUCGUCCGCCUUCCUCGCUGCUUGCGCAAAAUCUUGUCAAGUUCUUGCUUGGCCUGA